AUGCUCAUACGCUUCCGUCACGUGUGCAGCCAUAUUGGUCCUUUUGACGUCAUAUUCUAAGAUGGCAGCUUGCUAGUGUAGCAUCGUGUGUUCUUCGUGUGUUCAGCUUAACAAAGAAAAUUAACAAAAUGCCGUGUUGUUCGGCUCCAAAUUGUGCGAAUAGCGACGGAAAAGGUUACCGAAUGUUUCGAUUCCCUGCCGAUCAAAAUAGAAGAAAGGUUUGGGUCGUUAGAACAAGACGGGAUAAGUGGCAACCAACAUCGUCUUCUCGUUUGUGUGAGAUCCAUUUUACUGAGGAGCAGUUUGAAAAUAAUAGAGUGGAUGGGAAGAGGAAGUUAAGACCUGAUGCUGUCCCAACACUAUUUGGAAAUAGCAAUGAAAAUCAAGUAUCAGGUGUUAAACGUUUAAAGGUCUGUGAAGAAAGCAGAAUAACAGUAGGAGUUGAAGAAAUGAAAACAAAAGAGUCAUGUACAAUCGAAAAUUCAUUUACACCACGGCCAUCAGAACUAACAGUUCUAACUUGCAAGAAUAAUACUAUAGACAAUAGUCUUCAUAUAUCAAAAGAAAAUAUUCCUAACUGUGAUGAUGUACAUCCACCAACUAAUUUGGACCAAACAGGUAUGCACUGUAGCAUGUAA